CCCCCGGCCCGCCCCGGCGGCAUGGAAGGGCAGCGUUCUUGACGGCCGCGCCGCCGCCGCCCGGGCGCUCGGCUCCUCCCGCCGUCCCCGCUCCCCCGCUCGCAUGUCCGCGCCGCCUUAGCCGAGGAUGCUGAGGAUGAAGCUGCCGCCGAAGUCCACGCACCCCAGUGAGCCGCCGCCCGACGCGGAGGAGCCUGAGGCGGACGCGCGGCCCGGCGCAAAGGCGCCGCCGCGCCGCCGCCGCGACUGCCGCCCGCCGCCGCCGCCGCCCACGGGCCCGCCGCGGGGCCCCCCGCCGCCGCCGUCGCCGCCGCCGCCCCGGGGGCUCGAGCCGCCUGUUGCUGGCGGGCCGACGGCGGGCGCGGGCAUGCCGGGCGGCGGCUGCGGCGGGCACGCGGCGGCGCUGCGCGAGCAGGAGCGGGUGUACGAGUGGUUCGGGCUGGUGCUGGGCUCGGCGCAGCGCCUGGAGUUCAUGUGCGGGCUGCUGGACCUGUGCAACCCGCUGGAGCUGCGCUUCCUCGGCUCGUGCCUGGAGGACCUGGCGCGCAAGGACUACCACUACCUGCGGGACUCGGAGGCCAAGGCCAACGGCCUCUCGGACCCGGGGUCGCUGGCAGACUUCCGAGAGCCCGCCGUGCGCUCGCGCCUCAUCGUUUACCUGGCGCUGCUGGGCUCGGAGAACCGGGAGGCCGCCGGCCGCCUGCACCGCCUCCUGCCCCAGGUGGACGCGGUGCUCCGGAGUCUGCGCGCGACCCGGGCCGAGGGCUCGCGGGGCAGCGUGGAGGACGAGCCGGGCGGCGAGGGCGAGCGGGAUGCGGAGAAGGACGGCCCCGGGCCGGAAGGCGGCGGCUGCGCCGAGCUUGGGUCCGGGAGCGGGCUCGGCUUCAGGGCCCAGGAGGAACUGCUGCUGCUCUUCACCAUGGCUUCGCUGCACCCGGCUUUCUCCUUCCACCAGCGGGUCACCCUGAGGGAGCACCUGGAGAAGCUCCGCAGCGCGCUCCGGGUGGAGCCCGAGGACCCGGAGGUGGAGCCGUGCAACUUUGCGGGCUCCAGAGCCCAGAAUGAUUCUACUUGUGGUGAUUAUAUACUGAGUAAUGAGACUGGUUUAGUAGAACAAGCCCAAAUACCUCAAGAUGGACUCACCGUGGCCCCUCACAGAGCUCAGCCAGAAGCUGUACACAUUGAGAAGAUAAUGUUGAAAGGAGUCCAGAGAAAAAGGGCUGACAAAUAUUGGGAGUACACUUUCAAAGUAAAUUGGUCUGACCUUUCAGUCACAACAGUAACAAAAACUCACCAAGAGCUACAGGAAUUUCUACUGAAGCUUCCAAAGGAGUUGUCUUCCGAGACUUUUGACAAGACCAUCUUAAGAGCCCUGAGUCAGGGUUCUUUAAAAAGGGAAGAGCGGCGACACCCUGACCUGGAGCCCAUCCUAAGGCAGCUAUUCUCAACUUCAUCCCAGGCUUUUCUUCAGAGUCAGAAAGUACGCAGCUUUUUUCGGUCAAUAUCAUCGGAGUCUCAACACAGUGUCAAUAACUUACAGUCCUCUCUGAAGACUUCUAAGAUAUUAGAACACUUAAAAGAAGACAGCUCAGAAGCUUCAAGUCAAGAAGAAGAUGUGUUACAGCAUACCAUAAUCCACAAGAAACAUGCUGGGAAAAGUCCUUCUGUGAACAGUGCUGGUACAAGCUGUUCUCCAUUGGAUGGGCUUACCAUGCAGUAUGCAGAACAGAAUGGAAUUGUGGAUUGGAGGAACCAAGGCUGUGCCGCCAUUCAGCACUCAGAACACUGUGUGACCUCAGCUGACCAACACUCUGCUGAAAAACGAAGCUUAUCUUCAGUAAAUAAGAAGAAAGGAAAGCCACAAAUAGAAAAGGAGAAAAUUAAGAAAACGGAGAACAGAUUGAACAAUAGAAUAAAUGGCAUUAGACUCUCUGCUCCCCAGAAUGCUCAUGGCGGUACUGUGAAAGAGUUGUUAUUUUUAGAUAUGAAUUUGGACAUUGGAUCGGGACAUGACACAUGUGGAGAAACAUCUUCAGAGAGUUACAGUUCUCCGUCUAGUCCACGACAUGAUGGAAGAGAAAGUUUUGAAAGUGAAGAAGAAAAGGACAGAGGUUUGCUUCUAGGAAAGGGGAUUGAAAAAGACACAGAUAGCAAUUCUGAAGAUUCUGGGAAUCCAUCAUCAGGCAGGUUUACAGGUUAUGGCUCUGUCAACCAGACUGUCACUGUCAAGCCACCUGUUCAGAUCGUCUCACUGGGAAAUGAGAACGGAAACCUUUUGGAAGCUCCGUUGACCUCACACAAGUACCCACAUAUUCCCUUUAUGCCAGCUCUACACUGUGUCAUGCACAAUGGUGCCCAGAAGUCGGAAAUGGUCAUUCCUUCACCCAAAGCUGCAGAUGGCAAAGCAGUGGGGAUGCUUGUCCCUAACCCCGUGGCUCUCUCCACAGUGAUGGAGUCCACAAACUCAACCCCUGUUGGAAUCCUAGGUCCAGCUGCUUCCGGAGAGUCAGAGAAACACCUGGAAUUGUUGGCGUCCCCUCUACCCAUUCCAUCAACCUUCCUUCCACAUGGUAGUACUCCUGCUUUGCAGCUAACAUUGCAGAGGCUGAAAUUGCCACCACCACAGGGAUCUUCUGAGAGUUGCACAGUUAAUAUUCCACAACAACCAACCGGAAGUUUGAGCAUCGGAUCACCAAACACUGCCUUUAUUCCUGUCCAUAACCCAGGUAGUUUCCCAGGAUCUCCUGUGGCUGCCACAGACCCCAUCACAAAACCUGCAUCCCAAGUGGUAGGACUCAAUCAAAUGGUGCCUCAGAUUGAGGGAAGCACAGGGACCGUCCCUCAGCCGACUAAUGUGAAGGUAGUUCUUCCAGCAGCUGGCCUCUCAGCUGCGCAGCCACCAGCUUCCUACACCUUUCCAGGCUCACCCCUCGCUGCCAGUGUGCUCCCCACCCAGAAUUCCAGUGUGCUCAACACAGCCACUUCUGCCCAGCCAGCCAGUACAGGCAUCAGUCAAGCCCAGUCCACAGUUCCUCCUGCUGUUCCUACCCACACCCCAGGUCCUGCCCCAAGCCCCAGCCCUGCCUUGACACAUAGUACUGCACAGAGUGACAGCACAUCUUACAUCAGUGCUGUGGGGAACACGAACGCUAAUGGGACCAUAGUGCCACCACAGCAGAUGGGCCCCUGUGGUUCUUGUGGGCGAAGGUGCAGCUGUGGGACCAAUGGAAACCUUCAGCUAAAUAGUUACUAUUAUCCCAAUCCAAUGCCUGGACCAAUGUACCGAGUCCCAUCAUUCUUCACUCUGCCAUCCAUUUGCAAUGGCAGCUACCUCAACCAAGCACAUCAGAGCAAUGGAAACCAACUUCCUUUUUUUCUGCCUCAGACUCCAUAUGCAAAUGGACUGGUACAUGACCCAGUUAUGGGGAGCCAAGCCAACUAUGGCAUGCAGCAGAUGGCAGGAUUUGGGAGAUUGUAUCCUGUAUAUCCAGCACCUAAUGUAGUUGCCAACACCAGUGGUUCUGGGCCCAAGAAGAAUGGGAAUGUCUCAUGUUACAAUUGUGGUGUAAGCGGGCACUAUGCACAAGACUGUAAGCAGUCGUCCAUGGAGGCCAAUCAACAAGGCACUUACAGACUGAGAUACGCACCUCCCCUACCCCCUUCUAAUGAUACGUUGGAUUCUGCAGACUGAACGAGUAAAGCUUGCCUACUUAAUGCACUCGAGUGUGGGGAGUCAUGGGGUGUGGAGGGGAGGAAAGGAAAGGUAUUUUGUUUCUUUGUCUGUACAUUUCCUAAAUUUCUAUGCAGUUGGGCGUUUUCAUUUCUCUUUUACCUGUGUCCAAGAUAAGAAAGAAUGCGAUGCUCGUGAGCCGCUGGUCUCCUGGUUCAACAGCAGGCUUAUGUGUAUGAUGCGUGUAACUUAUCCUUCAGACAAACUCUUGGACAGAGAACGUUGACGUGUGCUUUCUACACUGAAUACUUGCUGUGUGCAAUGUUUACUGAAUCUUUAAACUGUGUAUUGACCAAUUUGUUUUCACAACACUGGUAACAGUAAUAUGGUUUUGAAAAAAGCAGCUUUGCUUCUUCCUGGCUUUUCUCACUUUGACCCUAAACUACACGUUUCUUGCCAGCUACCCUCUUCCCCUGGCCUACAGCAGGAGUGCUCAGCAGUCCUUGUCUUCUGUAACCUGCUCUGUGUAUGAACCAAGGGCAACAUGUUUCACCGUACAUUUUAGAAGUCAGAUUCCCAAGAAGUAUGUAUAUCUGUCAUGAGAGCAUCACAUAAAUACAUAUAUGCAGCACUUAUGCAAGUUAACAUGAAAACAAGUGGUGGAAGUCAUACUUCAGGAAGCCGAAAAUGUGAAAUGGACAAACAGGCCUUCCGUGAGAGCAAACAGCUUUUCCUUCCACCACGCUUUGUAGCUUGUUGCUUCAGAGAGACACAGAGUGAACACACUGGUGUGGAUGCUUGUGUCCGUGAGGACAGUCAGCAGCCAGUCUUGCUUGUUGUCUUCCCACAUGACCUGACCAGACACCAGCUGUGACAGUGUUACAUUGUGUUGACAGUGUGUGCUUUGCUGUAUCUGAACAGAAUCUGUGGGUUUCUACAGAAGUCAGGGAUCUGCUCCCUAUGCUGUGUCUCUUAAGCAGUGUCACUUUUGUAACUGUUUACCACUAUGCUUGAUUUACAAUGUGAAAGACUGAAUUCUGCGUGUGUCGAGAUGGUAUUAAUCAUGUCAGUGUCAUGUCACUAAGUUUAAUGCUGCUGGGUAUUUUUUUUUUUUAAUUUUUUAAGCCAAUCUAUGUACUAAAUUGCUUCCAGGUAAUUUUUUGAUUUCCUGAAGUGCACUGAGGUUAUCUGGGAGGUUGGAUGAUCUUCAGUGACUGCUGCAUUCAACAGCAAUGAACAAGUACCAUUGUAUAGUGUAAGCGUACGGGGUAGGAGGCUUUUCCAUUCCUCGGUACAGAGUAGAGAGGUGGACUUUUGUUGUGGGGAUAUAGUUGGUGUGUGGCAGAGGCACUGAAACGUUUGCUCUGGGUUCUGAAACUUGACAUUGUGAGACAAAAAAAAAGAAAAGAAAAGAAAGGAAAAAAAAGA